GCUGUCAGCAGCUGUUGAGUCCAUGAACGGACCGAGACACUCAGAAUAACCGCGUGCACCCGUUACACAGCCGGUACUGACCUGCUACACAGCCGGUACGGACCCUGCACUGACCCGACACAGGAACGGAUCUGGCCCGGCACAGAGCGGCACCGAACCGGGCCGAACCCUGCAGGCUGCAGCUGGAGCUAACGGCUAACUGACAGCAGACCGUCAGCUGUUCUCGGAGCUAACGGGGCUAACGGGCUAACGGGGCCACGCUGCUCCGCUUUGACCCGGUCACUGUCUGGAUCCUCGGAACCUUCUCCAGCCGGACCGUCUGCGGGGUUCAGCGGCUGAUCCUGGGGGAGCUCCGGCGGCUAAAGGAGUCAACAGAACCGGCAGAGAUCUGCCAGCCGGGCCGGGAGAGACGCUUCGACCCGGUUCGGUAGGAGGACCGGGAGCCGACAUGUUGAUAGCAGCAGUCGGUGCCGGACCCGGAAACUCCGCCGCCGCCGCCGCCGCCGCAAAGAAACACCGGCGGAGAGGCAAGAAGCACCGGAGAGUCCGAGCAGACGAGACCCGACCUGAUGACGUCUGUGACCUUCAGAGUCUGAACACUGAUGACAACCUGCCCCCAACACCCCCACAGAGUUACCCCCCGCUGCCUGAAGCACAGUUGGAGAGUUACCCCCAGCUGCCAUCAACUCAACCAGAGAGUUACCCCCAGCUACCCCCAACAACUCUGCAGACUUCCCCGCUGCCCCAGAGCAUGACAAACACCAGUACCGCACCAGGAAACUCACCAACAGGUCCAGAUGACCCACAUGAAACCACCACACCAACCAUCGAACAUACCCCACUGCCCCAUCAGAUUGCCCAUCGAACUCCGUCACCAACCCCCCAGCAUACAACACCAUUUAUAGACACAAUAAAAUCUCCCGUAGCACAGCCUCCUCCUGAAAAUACCUUUCAAACCUCACAGUUCUCAGGCCAGUCACCUCCAACUAAGUCACAAAGCCUCGCCCAUAGUCGCAGCCAAUCACCACCACCUUUUAGCCAUAAUGUUACCCAGAAUUCUUUCAGAUCACAUCAAAGGACUCUUUUCAAAUCACCUCCAACCUCACCUCACAGUGUUACCCACAAUGCCUCUGGUUCCACAUCAGUAUUGUCCAAAGCUCCUCCCACUCCUCCGCUAAGCCCCGCCCACCCAGAUCCCUUCCUGCUGACCUCAGUGACCUUCACCUCCUCCCACCUCUACUCCCCGCUCUGCACCUCCCCUGCUUCCUUCUUACAAUCUCUCGACCCUCUGGGCCCUUCCAUUGGUCUGCCUCCUGUGAUGUCAUCAUCUACUCAACCACUGACCACGCCCCCUCCACCGCUAAGUCCGCCCCCUGCUGAAUUCACUCCUCCUCCUGCUCAGCUGCUGGGCUCUGAUGACGAGGAGCAGGAGGACCCAUCAGAUUACUGCAAAGGCGGUUACUACCCGGUGAAGAUUGGUGACCUGUUUAAUGGGAGGUACCACGUGGUCAGGAAGCUGGGCUGGGGACACUUCUCCACCGUGUGGCUCUGCUGGGACCUACAGAAGAAGCGUUUUGUGGCACUGAAGGUGGUGAAGAGCGCUCCUCAUUACACUGAGACGGCGCUGGAUGAGAUCAAACUGCUGCGAUGUGUGAGAGACAGCGACCCCUCUGAUCCCUACAGGGAAACUAUCGUCCAACUCAUCGAUGACUUCAAGAUCUCAGGAGUCAAUGGAGUGCAUGUUUGCAUGGUUCUGGAAGUUUUGGGUCAUCAGCUGUUAAAAUGGAUCAUCAAGUCAAACUACAUGGGACUUCCUCUGGUGUGUGUGAAGACCAUCAUCAGACAGGUGCUGCAAGGACUCGACUACCUCCACACUAAGUGUAAGAUCAUCCACACCGACAUCAAACCAGAGAACAUCCUACUGGAUGCUGAUGAGGUUUACAUCAGGAGAUUGGCAGCUGAAGCCACCAUCUGGCAGAGAGCUGGAGCCCCGCCUCCUUCUGGAUCAUCAGUUAGCACGGCUCCCAGGGAUCUCCAGGUUGGAAAGUUGUCUAAAAAUAAGAAGAAAAAAUUAAAGAGAAAAGCGAAGCGUCAGCAGAGACUGUUGGAGGAGAGAUUGGUGGAUAUACAGUAUAACUACAAUAUAAAUACACUGUUACUGCAGUAUAAAUACACUAACUGUUUCUUUGUUCUGAUCUCUUCAGUUGUCAAUGGCAAUACUUCCUGCUCAACAGCCAAUAGCAAAGCCAGCCCAGAGUCCAGCAGCUCCUGGUUGGAGGACAGGUGUAAUGGCCACGCCCCCGGACGUUUCUCCAGCCCCGCCUCUGGCCUAUCAGGGUUUUCCAGCUCUGUGAUGUCAGCGACGUCUGAGUCGGCGCUUUCUGCUCAGUCUGGAUACUCGAGUGGACGAGACGUGUUCAGCGCCUCGGACUUCGUCCUCAGUCCUCUGGAUCCUCAGAACGCCGACCGGCUGCGAGUGAAGAUCGCUGAUCUGGGAAACGCCUGCUGGGUGCACAAACACUUCACAGAAGACAUUCAGACCCGACAGUACCGAGCUCUGGAGGUUCUGAUCGGAGCGGAGUACGGACCGCCGGCCGACAUCUGGAGCACCGCCUGCAUGGCCUUCGAGCUGGCGACUGGAGAUUACCUGUUCGAACCGCAUUCAGGAGAAGACUACACCAGAGACGAAGAUCACAUCGCUCACAUCAUCGAGCUGCUCGGCCCCAUUCCUCUGCCCUUCGCUUCGUCUGGCAGGUACUCCAGAGAGUACUUCAACAGGAGAGGAGAGCUGCGUCACAUUUCCAGCCUGAAGCCAUGGGGUUUGUUCGAGGUUCUGUUGGAGAAGUACGAGUGGCCGCUGGACCAGGCGGCUCAGUUCAGCGACUUCCUGUUGACCAUGUUGGAGCUGCAGCCUGAACGCAGAGCAACAGCGGCGCAAUGUCUGCAGCACGCAUGGCUGCACUCAUAGACACACACUCAUGGACACACAUUCAUGGACACA